AUGCCGUCGCUCACAGAAUACUUUGGCCACACCAUCACCAACUUCGGCCCCCUCACCACAACAUUCACAGCACCGUCAUCAUGCGCCACCGAGACGACUGACCGUAUCUUUUACGGCAACGCGACCAACCUCGCCAUACAAUUCGGAAACCCCAAGUGCAAAGGCGGGUACGUGGGGGAUUGCAUGCCCUCUGGUUCGGUAUACGAUGACUACGCGACCUCGUAUUGGGAGCGCCCCAUCCAGGCAUGGUACCCCUACUUCUCACCCGGGCUGGUGUGUCCCCAGGGCUGGAGCACGGUUGGCACGUUUGCUCUUUCUGGGAAUACCAGUUCGGUUGAUGCGAGUGGUGUCUUUACCAAGGAUCCGCUUGAUGGCUAUACUGGCAGAAUGCAGCAGUGGGUUGGCCCUGAAGAACUCUGGUCCAAUGCUUUGAGGCCGUCUGAGACUCUUGCGUACUGUUGUCCAAGUGGAUAUACGGGUGUUGCCGGAGGCGCCUGCAAUUCCGCCCUCGGCCCUCAUGAAUCAUUCGAAUACAAGUCAGUGUGCAGAGCCUUUUACCCAAGAGAUGCCAUCACCACGGUCUACACAGUCGAGGGCACCCCGGUAACGCAAGGGAUCUACUCUGUGGCGCCAGUGACGGAGAAAUACACCACCACGACAGUAGCCAUUGCCGAUGUAACGGGUAAGGAAGAGAAAUGGGGCGAUUGGGUGGUUGCCACGGUGUAUCCUGCGGUUGUCCUUGUCUAUCAAGAAACGGACAUUGCCAAGGCAAAGGAGCAAGGUGGAAGCGAGGGCGAGGACAAGAAUAACAACAAAGGCGGCGACGAUGACAAUGCGGCUUCUACAUUGUCAGCUCGGGGAAUUGCUCCAGUGCUCGCGGUGGCUGUUGGUAUGCUUGCUGGAGCUGGCUUGUUGAUGCCUUGGUGA